GAGAGUGUGUGUGAGAGAGAGAGGAGUGAGUGAGUGUGUGAGUGAUCCUCUGCUCAGAGCUCGAGCUGAACGCAACUGCUGGAGAAUGAAGUGAAGGGAGAGAGAGAGAGAGAGAGAGGGGGAGAGAGUGAUUUGCUCUGAACACACACCUGACCAGGAUCUCAGCAGAUCCAGACCCUCACCUGGACAUUUAACUAUCCACUGGUCGCACACAAUUGAGCACAAACUCGCAUCCACCAGUUUCCACUCUCCUCCACUCUCCUCCCUCUCCUCCUCCCUCUCCUUCUCCUUCCCCACCCCCUAACUCUUUUAAGAUUUCUCCUCCUUGCCCUGAAGCAUCUCUGGAAACAGGGCAUCACUAGACCAUGGGGACUCUCGUGGGUCAAGGCAGAAGCUCGGAUCGCCAGUGACUUGAACCGUGGAGGGGACACACACACACACACACACACACACACAGAGAGAGAGAGAGAGAGAGAGAGGGCACUUGUGAGCGACUCUUGUCAGCUGUCAACAGAGUCAUUCCUGGCUGGAAAGCAACUCAAAGCGACCUUCAGCAAAGAUGAACAACCUUCUGGUCCACUUGAUCGUAUUAGCCUUGGGUGUCUGUACUGCUCAAAGACUUGUGCAAGUACAAGAAAGCCCCCUGGUCCGAGCCGAAGGUUAUCACAUAACCAUCCUGUGUAAUGUGAGCGGAUACUCAGGCUCAACACAGCAGAACUUCGAGUGGUCGAUCUAUCUUCCUUCUGCCCCGGAAAGACAAAUCCAGAUCAUCAGCACUAAUGACCCUACCUUCCCCUACGCGGUGUAUGGAAACAGAGUGCAAAAUAAAGAGAUCUACAUUGAGAGAGUUGACAGAGACUCAGUGCUUUUACACAUCACAAACCUACAACCUGAAGAUGCUGGGCAAUACGAGUGUCACACUCCCAACACAGAAUCGGCCUACUGGGGCUCCUACAGUGCCAAGGGGAACUUGAUAGUCAUUCCAGACACGCUCAGUGCAACAUCGGUACCCCAGACCCUGAGUAAAGUAGAAGGUGACUCUCUGGAGCUGCUGUGUGAGGUGUCAAAACAAACCUUACAGCACACACACUUGGCUGUCUCAUGGUACCUACAGAAGGGAGAUCAGAAUCUCAAGGUCAUCUCUCUAACACGCGAUUUUAUCCUGCGUCCUGGAGAGGCGUACAGACAGAGACAGGCAUCAGGCAACGUCCGGCUGGACAAGACCGGAGGCACUUUGUACAAAUUAACCAUCUACAAACUGCAGCCUUUCGAUAAAGGAGAGUUUUUUUGUGAGGCCAGAGAGUGGAUCCAAGACGCAGACAAGAGCUGGUACACCAUAGCUACCAAACGCACUGACAAGACGAUUGUGAAUAUAAAAGGUGUAGAUAGAGAUUUCAGUGUUCAGUUGGAAAAUGAUGGCAGGUUCUUCACAGCUGGCGACACCAUGGAGCUGAAGUGCGUCAUCGACGCUCAAAACGUUCAGGACCGAUAUUUCUCAGUGUUGUGGAUCUUCAACGGCACACAGAUCGCUAACAUUGGCCGUAACGCGGUGCCCACAGUAAAUGGCAAUUAUGCAUCCAGAGAUCAAAUGGGACGGGUGAGGUUUGCAAAGGAGAGCGAUACUACAUACCUGCUGAAAAUCUACCAUGUUCGUCUGGAGGACAGCGGCAAAUACCACUGUCGGGUCACAGAGAGCGAGAAGACGGUGACGGGAGACUUUAUUUCCAGAGAGACGACCAAGUCGGGCAAAAUUUUAAUCAACGUCCAGCCUGUCAAGAGCGACCUGAGCGUGGUUGUCACCAGUAACACGACCAGGGUUUUAGAAGGCGACUUGCUGGAGUUUGUCUGCAACGUCCGUUCAGCGAAGAGGAAUCGGAGGCAGCUCACUGUGGUGUGGCAGCUGAUAAACAAACAGAAGCAGACCACAGACAUCAUCAGCCUGGACCGAGACGGCACCCAGCUGCUUGGCACAUUGUACCGGGUCCGCGGGGCCAGCGGGGAAGUCAGGCUGGCCAGAGUGCGGCCAGAGAGCUUCACGCUGGUAGUGCGCAACGCUAUGGUUUCUGAUGACGGGGAAUACGUUUGCACGGUGGCAGAGUGGGUCAUGAACACGGAUGGAGAUUGGCAGAGGAUAGGGAAGCACUCAGACCAUGCUGUAGCCACAGUAACUCCUCUUGAAUCCAGCUUCUCAGUAACCGCAAUAACCCGAACUCCAUCAGUCGUCUACGAUCACACAUUUGAGCUGCAGUGCUUCAUCCGACCCGUCUUUCCUUCCCGAGUGCCGGUGUCCGUAACAUGGAAAUUCCAGCCCGGCGGAUCCGGCCCCAGCUAUGAACUGGUCACUUUUACCCACGACGCCACCAUUGCGUGGGGUGACGAGAUGGCGAACUUCAAGACAAAAACAUUGAUAACGAAAUCGGCGUCCAAUAUUGUCCGUCUGAGCGUCUCCAAAGCCAGCGAUUUGGAGGCUGGUCGAUACCAGUGCGUCGCUGAACUCUGGCACAGAAACCACAUGGACCAAUGGAUCAAAAAAGCCAGUAAAUCCUCAAAUCCUCUGGAAGUAAAGGUUAAACCCCCAGAUUGCAAGUUGAAAGUUGACAAAAUGAGGAGGAACCUUGUAGUCACAGAAAAAAGUGAUGUCCACUUAAACUGCAGCAUCCGAAACCAAACCAGCCCGGACGCACAGUUCGCUGUACUCUGGUACAUGCAAAAAUCACCAGACAAAAGCAACAAACUUAUCCUGAAAUCCAGACGGGAUUCCGUGGUGGAGCAUGGGAACUGGUUAGGCAGAGGCGAGAAGUCGAAGGAGAGACUUCAGUUUGACAAGCCCUCAACUGGACUGUACACUUUGGUCUUACAAAAUGCCAACGUUGAUGACAGCGGCUGGUACUACUGCCAAGUGGAGGAGUGGCUGCUGAACCCCAACGAUGUUUGGUACAAGUUAGGAGAGAAGACAUCUGAAUCGACUGUUGUAACUGUGCAGCAUCCAGAAAACAAUUUGCAAAUCCUGAAAACUGAGCAGAACAUAUCCAUGCCGGAAGACAGCUGGAUUCAGCUGGAUUGUAACAUCAGCAACCGCACCAGCUUGGACUCCCAGCUCUCUGUGACCUGGUAUGUCUGGAGGAUGCUGGAGCCUGAGAGGCAGCGCAUUUUCAGACUGAAUCGGAAUUCUGUCUUCGAGUACGGAGGCUCAGCCGACAACGCUGUGAGACUGAAGGACAGGCUGCAGUUCGAAAGGUCCUCCACUGGUCUGUACAGUUUAGGGCUACAGAGAGCAACCACUGGCGACAGCGGAGGUUACUACUGCCAUGUGGAGGAGUGGCUACUUGACCCCCAAAACAUCUGGUACAAAGUGGGAGAGGAUCAGUCUGGAAUGACUGCUGUCACUGUACAACAGCCAGAAUUCAAGAUGCAGGUGGAUAAAACUGAAUUGAAUAUCACAGUAUCGAACAAGGGCAACUUUCAGCUCAACUGCAACGUGACAUUCCGAACACGAGGGGAUUCACGAUUUGCUGUGUCCUGGCUGGCGUGGAAAUCCAAAGGGGCCGUUGACAGGAUGGUGAAGGAAACUAUUUUAAAAAUCGAUCAAAAUUCGGUCUUCGAGUACGGCAGCUCACGCAGUGGAGCUGAAGGGAUGAAGGACAGACUGAAGCUAGAGAGACCCUCCAGUGGAUUGUACAGCUUGACAGUGAGAAACGCCGACACCAGCGAUAGUGGGAGCUACUACUGUCAUGUGGAGGAGUGGAUUCAAAAUGCCAACAAUGCCUGGUAUAAACUAGGGGAAGGGGAGUCUGGACUGCUUAUCAUCACCAUACAAAACGCAGGUUCUUCUUUGCAAGAGGCAAUUUGUUCAAACGACGCCCUUUUCUACUUCAUAUUUUUCUACCCAUUCCCGAUUUUUGGAAUUCUUCUCAUCGCCAUUUUGCUGACACGGUACAAAACCAUGAAUGCGCAGAAGAAAUCUGAUGGUAAAAACGGCGUCCCCUUGCUCUGGAUAAAGGAGCCAGCAGUGACUUACUCUCCAACCAGCCUCGAGCCACCGGAUUUCAGAAUAGGACCAGGAGGACUUGCUUAGUGGAGAAAAAGGGAUGGAUUUUCUUUUUGAAAAACAAAAUUGAAAGACAAUUGGAGACCAACAUUAUAUCGAAUUAUGGAAUUUACAAUGCCCCCAAAUAAUCCUAGACUGGAAAAAUUAUCAUCCAACUCUUAAAACAAGGACUCUUAAGAGUCUAGGCUUAAGAGGUAUGGGGGAACGGAGGAUACAUUUUAUUCCCAGAUAUUUAGCCUGUUUGCCUUCCUCUAGCCCCAACCCCACACACAAUUAUGUGAGUCAAGUAGAAACUCAGUGUUUUAAUUUUACACUAAUGUAGGUCCAAUCUCCCCACAGACUUUUCACUGCAUGAGAAUUCUGCUUACAUCACAUUAGUUGGCUGUUUAACUGGUCUGCAAACACCUCAAUCCCAAAACUGUUAUUACUCCUGAAGAAAGCAGAAUUGUAGCAAAUGUCAAUGCUUCGGGGAAGGGUGAAAUAUUGUGCGGGGUGGAGGGAAAAAAGAGGUCAUUGAACCCUGAUGAAGCAAAAUUGAGGUAGCUCUUUGCAAGGAUUCACAGCUGUCCCAGUGUUAUCAAUCAAAAAACAGUCAGCUUACUCUGAGGGAAUGUUGCCUGAAGAGUGGAAUGUGCACCUGUAUUCUUCAGGUCAGUGGUAAAAAUCUUGUACAGAUUUUGUGUUUUGGGAUUUUUAGUAACACAGACUGAUAAACUGAGAGUGGAAAGAUCACAGAGACUGAGGAGAAGCGACUGCACUGAAGCCUUCUAUAAGCUUUGGGUCAAGCAAAGUCUGUGGUUGAAGAGCAUCAAAUGAACCAUUAUAUUGCAUUGAAAAGACUAUAUGAGGGCAGCUUGUCCAGACGCUAGUUUUUUUCAAUGCCAUGAAGCCACCAUGACAGUGUUACAUGAAGACAAUGUUACUUUAAAACAGAAUCCUUGGACACGGGACAGUGAAAGUCAAUUUCUGUCUAUUGAAUACAAAUAAGGAGCAAGUAGCAAGUCCAUCCAGAGGUUAUUCAACCAACGCUGGAUUUGUUUUCCAUUUCUGAAUUCAUGUUUUGAUCUAGAAAUCUGAUUAAGCUGGUCGUACCUCCUAUCUAGAAUGAAAUGUAAUCUCUCAGCCAGAUAGGUUUCCUUUUUAUACAUCGUUUUGCACUUUUUGAAAUUACUUUUUAUUCUGUGCUUGAACAAGAAAUAUUACCGCCUGUUUUGUUUUGAACGUUGUACUUUAAACGUUUCAAUAUAUCAAAAGAAAAUGGCAACUAAGCCUGAACUAGCCCAACAGAUCCAGUGCCCCCAACAAGUUGAAUGUGCUGACACAAUACACAGGCGUUUGCCAAAAACCUGAUCAGUCGAAGUUAUUGGUAACAAUUGCCUGAGCUGAAAUAUUCAUUCAUACUCUGUUAUACAAACAAGAAGUCCAUUUGCAUUUACAAACCACCCUUCAAAUCCCACAUUAUCUUCUGACUUGUAAGGCAGUGCAUUUGUGCUGUGAGUAUAAAGCCACAGUAUUAGAGCUGAGGCGGAGUGAGUUACCCGUGACUAAUUUGCAGACCGAGAAUGAUUUUUGUACAGAAGUAAAAAUGAUGAGUACCGUAGUCCUUGGGAAGGCAGGGCUCUUAAAAAUUAAUGAAAACUCUGAAGAGCUUAUUGAUGAGCUUAUUGAACUGCGAAGGAGGAGGGGAUGUGGAAACACUGGUAUUUGUGUGUGUGUGUGUGUGAAUAAAAGGUAAGGCAGAGGUGUUGUGGAUGGACAUAUCAAGAGCAGCAAGCCAGACUCAUUGGCAGGUCUUGGAGGGACAGACUAGUUAUUGGUGCAGAGAUUCGUCCCAUUCAGUUAUUGUUAACCCUGCAAGCCAAAAUGCUAAUGGAUAGGAUGGCCCAGCUAGGUAAGCAGCGAGAAGCUUGCUCUCAAUGCAAGCUAUUUAGUUGGUUAAACUCCCAAUAGUACCCCAUC